ACUCGCAAAUCGCGCUGUCAGUCCGCGGGUCGAGUUGUCAAUAAUUUUUUUAUCACUCAUCUUCAUCAUCAAAGGAAGACGAAAAAUCUCCAAGGAAAAAGCUCGCUAAUCAAUUUCUGCGAAAAGGUCGCCAGAUUUCAAACAGGAAACCGGACACGGGAUUUGGGGCGAGAGUUUGCUUGAUUUGCUGGGGGUGAGAGCUCGUUUGGCGUUCUGAAAAUGAUCCGUUUCAUCCUGAUCCAGAACCGUGCGGGGAAGACCCGCCUGGCCAAGUGGUACAUGAACUUUGACGACGACGAGAAGCAGAAGCUGAUCGAGGAGGUGCACGCCGUGGUGACGGUCCGCGACGCCAAGCACACCAACUUUGUCGAGUUCCGGAACUUUAAGAUCGUUUACCGGAGGUACGCCGGGCUGUACUUUUGCAUCUGCGUGGACGUGAACGACAACAACCUGUGCUAUCUGGAGGCGAUCCACAACUUUGUCGAGGUGCUGAACGAGUACUUCCACAAUGUGUGCGAGCUCGAUUUGGUGUUUAACUUCUACAAGGUUUACACCGUCGUGGACGAGAUGUUCCUGGCGGGUGAGAUCCGGGAGACUUCGCAGACCAAGGUGCUGAAACAGCUGCUGACGCUCAACUCGCUCGAGUAGAUUCUCUUCGGUAAAGGGAGGUUCUGCUUCGCAUAAAAUCAUCCUGUUGUAAUGACAAUUAUUUCCUUCGUAUUUAAAUAUUAUGCAAUUUACUCUAAGUUCCGUGCGGGUACAGGACUAUCCGUGAUUGUUUUAAAGAAGAAUCGAUGGUGACGACGAACAAAAAAAAAACCGUAGCUUGUAGGCUUCAACACAAAACCAAAAGUGUAAAAAGUGUGAAUCUCACUCUCGCCGAUGCUCGGAGGAAUAAAGAAGAAGCUGCCAUUUCAUCGUAAACUCAAACAAGCGUUCGGGUCCAAAGAGUUUGGAACAUUUCAAAUGCUUUCUAUCAAAUCGCGCUACACAAAUUUUGCAUUCCACGACUCAACUCAACUCAAAACAAGCAAAGAAACUGUGUCAUAAUUGAACGCGAAACGAUUCAAUAAGAGAGGAGAAACUACCAAAAAAAAAAAACAUAA